GAGUUAGAACCCUGACUCCCAACACGCCUCUUCCAAUAUGCGUCAUCUCGAUCACUCUCCAAUUAUGCGUCUUCUUCCUAUUGAAGAAUCCGAUUCUAUAAACACGGGUCCGCUGCUUUCCCCUUUUGAUCGUCACCAAUUCCUCGAAGCGCCUCACCGUUGUCCAGGUGCCUCGAUCCCCGUCCACUUUCUCUUCGCUUCAGCCGAGACGUUUUCCUGUGAGCGCAGAGCUGAUUACCGGAAACCGGUAAAAAAUGUCGUCUUUGAAGCCAGUCGGCAGUCGACAGACAGCUGUUGUGCAUAGAUUUGACCUAGGAGACGGAAUUCAGCUUCAGGCUAAUGUUAAUAGAGAUUCCAAUUCUUCGAUUACCACAAUCGAGCUCUUGAAUUGCUCCAGACCGUUGAUUCUUCACUGGGGAGGCAUUUGUAGUGGAAAAAAUCAUUGGGUUCUUCCCAAUCAUUAUCCUCCCGGGUCUAAAAUCUACAAGGGGGAAGCUCUGCAGACACCAUUUGCAAAGAAGGGAGCAACCUACUCAAUUACUAUUGAGUUGCAUGACCCAAAGUUUGAUGCAAUUGAAUACGUUCUGAAGGAUGAAAAACAUCAUAAAUGGUUUAAAUCAAGCCAAGGGAACUUCCGGAUUAAUAUACCAAAGUUUGAGGCUUGUGCUUCUCGUGCUAUGAUACCGAAGGAUAUUAUAGAACACAAGGCAUACUUAAUCUGGGAAAGAAAAGGCAGACCAACAAACUCUCCACAGGAGAAAGAGGAAGACUAUGAAACUGCUUUAAGAGAGCUAAAUGACCAAUUAUUAAGGGGCAUGUCUAUGGAUGAAAUUAGAAGCAGUCUAAAAAAUCAGAAUGUCCAAACUGUCUCUGGUUUUAAAGAACUACAGAUGCCUGGAAAUACCAUAAUCGCAGCUGUAUAUCACAAGCAAUAUGAUGUAUCCCAGUGGUUAUCUAAGCAAUCUUUGGGACACAUGAAAGGAACUCCUCUGUGUGGAUCAUCUCUAGUAAAUCUUGUCGAGAAGACUCUGGGGACAGACAACGUCAAAAUGAGACAAAUUUAUAAUAUCGGAAACAAUGAGUUGGUGGUCCUCUUGAAAAAUGUAAGCAGUGAGUCCCACAUUAUUCUUGCUGUCAACCUCAAAGGUGAUACAAUUCUUCACUGGGGAGUAUCAAGAACUUCAGCAGGAGAAUGGUUGGUCCCGCCACCAGAGAUUUUGCCUGAGAGAUCGAAGAUGCUUAAUGGAGCAUGCCAGACUAUCUUUAAAGAAAUUUCAGAUGGACAAAAACAGUUUCAGUACGUGGACAUCAACCUCAGAGGAAGGCAUCUUCUAGGUGUGCAGUUUGUGUUAUGGUCUGGUGGGUCUUGGUUAAAGAACAAUGGUUCAAAUUUCUAUAUAGGCUUGAAAUCAUUGGAACAAGCAGGCGAAAAGCAGGGUGAAGGCAACAAGAUUGAAAUUUGCAAAUGGCUACUUGAUGAAAUAGCUCAGAGAGAGAAGGAUGCUGAGAGAUCAUUAAUGCACAGAUUCAACAUUGCAACAGAGUUGAUGGAGCGUUGUCGACAUGAAAGGGAGCUAGGUCUUAUUGGGAUGCUGGUUUGGUUGAGGUUCAUGGCAUGCAGAGAGCUUUGUUGGAACAAAAAUUACAAUGUGAAACCACGAGAAAUAAGUGCAGCUCAAGAUAAGUUUACUGAUUUACUGCAAAGAACAUAUCAGGACCAAAAAGAUGAUCGAGAAAAUUUGAGAUUAAUAAUGGCAACUGUAGGUCGUGGUGGUCAAGGUGAUGUUGGUCAACGAAUCCGAGAUGAAAUACUGAUUUUACAGAGGAAUAAUGACUGCAAGGGAGGUAUGAUGGAGGAAUGGCACCAAAAACUGCAUAAUAAUAGUAGCCCAGAUGAUGUCAUCAUAUGCCAGGCCCUACUGGAUUAUGUUAAAAGUAACUUUGAUAUAAGUAUUUACUGGAGAACACUAAAUUCAAAUGGUUUGACUAAAGCCAUUCUAGCCAGUUAUGAUAGGCCCAUUGUUUCAGAGCCUCACUUCAGAGCUGAUAAAAAGCAAGGGCUUAUUCAUGAUCUUUCAGAGUACUUGAAGACUCUUAAGGCUGUUCAUUCUGGAGAUGAUCUUGAAUCUGCAAUUGCAACUUGCUUAGCACACUUGAAUGAGAAUUACGGCUUUAUGAACACAGGCAAUGGCCAUUCUGAUGGCUAUUUUUCAUUAAAGUUAAAGGAGUCCUUGAAUUUCAUCCAAUCACAUGCAGGAGAUAAGAAUAUUGUUCCUUUUAUGGAGAAAUUGUUAGAGGCACGUAUUGAACUUCGUGGAUUACUUUUUGGCACUACUAGAAGGUUGAAAUAUUUUAUUUACCUUGACCUUGCUUUGGAGUUAGCUCUUAAAACAUGUAUGGAGAAGAGCUUUAGUGAACUUAAGAAAGCACCUAUACAGGGAAUAAUGUCUAUGGUGUCUUUGAUGUUGGAAAACCUGUGCCUGUCAACAGUUAACAAUGAAGAACUCGUUUUUAUCACCAAGGACUGGUACCGUGUCUGUAACUUAUUCAAGCCCAAUGAUCAACAGUGGUCUCUGCAAACAAAAGCUGUUCUUGACAGAAUGCAGCUUGCACUAGCUGAUAAGGCUCAAUAUUACCUGAAAAUGAUACAGCCAACUGCAGAAUAUCUAGGAAAAUUGCUCAGAGUGGAGACUUGUGCUGUUGCCAGCUUUACAGAGGAACUAAUUAGGACAGGAUGUGGAGGAACCCUUGCAAUACUUGUUAAUCAUUUAAGUCCCAUUCUUCGAAAUAUAGCAAACUUAGGCAGUUGGCAGAUAAUCAGUCCAGUGGAAGUAUGUGGUUUUGUAGAUUGUGUAAAUAAGCUGAUAGAAGUUCAGAGCAAAGUCUUCAAUAGGCCUACAAUUUUAAUAUCAAACCGGGUAACCGGUGAGGAAGAGAUUCCAUAUGGAGUUGUUGGUGUAUUGACACCUGAUAUGCCUGAUGUUCUUUCACAUGUUGCCAUUAGAGCAAGGAAUAAUAAGAUUUGCUUUGCUUCAUGCUUUGAUCAAGAUAUCAUUCAAGAUUUGAAAUCAAAGAAGGGAAAAGAAAUUUCAAUAACAUUGAAAACAUCAGGUCUAAUAUACAGUGAAUUCAAAAGCUCCUCUUCUUCCAACAAACUGAGUUCAUUCUGUCCAAGAGUAACAUUGCGAAAGAAGAAUUUUAGUGGGAAAUUUGCUAUUUCAGCUGAGGAGUUCUCUUGUGAGAUGGUUGGAGCUAAAGCUAACAACAUCGAAUACAUCAGAGGGAAACUUCCAUCAUGGAUAAAGCUGCCAAGAUCUGUUGCACUUCCUUUUGGAGUUUUUGAAACUUCCAUUUCUUCAGACAUUAAUAAGGAUCUGGCAAAGAAGAUUUCUUUAUUUAAAGGGCUUGUAAAUGGUGGAGACAUUGCAAAACUUCAAAUGAUACGCAACGCUAUACUGGAAAUGAAAGCUCCAUUUCAGCUGAUGAAUGAGCUUAAACACAAGAUGAAAAAAUCAUUCUUAUAUUGGCCUGGUGAUGAGAGUGAGGAGAGGUGGAAUCAAGCCUGGCAAGCCAUAAAGAAGGUUUGGGCUUCAAAAUGGAAUGAAAGAGCAUAUCUUAGUUGCAGAAAAGCUAAAUUGGACCAUGAUGAUCUCUGUAUGGCUGUGUUAAUUCAAGAAGUAAUCAGUGCUGACUAUGCUUUUGUUCUCCACACUCGAAAUCCACUUUCAGGAAAUCCUCAUGAGAUUUAUGCCGAAAUAGUGAAGGGCUUGGGUGAGACUCUAGUGGGUGCCUAUCCAGGACGAUCGAUGAGCUUUGUCACCAACAAGUCUGCACUAAAUUCAGCCAGCAUCAUUGGUUAUCCAAGCAAACAGAUAGGUUUGUUUGUAAAAAAGUCUCUCAUAUUCAGAUCAGACUCUAAUGGUGAAGACUUGCACGGUUAUGCUGGUGCGGGACUCUAUGACAGUGUAACCAUGGAUGAGGCGGAAAAGGUCCUACUGGACUACUCAUCUGACCGUCUUAUUUCUGAUAAAAGCUUCCAACAGUCGAUUUUCAAGAAGGUUGCAGAGGCUGGAAAGAUUAUCGAAGGUGUAUAUGGUUCUGCACAAGACAUAGAAGGUGUAGUGAAGGACGGAGAGAUUUACAUUGUUCAAACAAGGCCUCAAAUCUAGAAUAUAUGACAUAAAUAUGCAUGAAAGCGAAGACUGGUAGUGAACUUUGGGCCACCUAGGUAUUUGUUCCGUAUAUUUUCUCGUACCAUUGCCAUAUAACUUGGUAUACUAAAUUAUGCAUCUUCAUUGUCUAGGUAUAAUAAACAAUUUUGCUCUUGCAUCCUCAGCUUAAAUAACAAGAUUGUAAGUUAUUUUUUCCUUGA